AUGGCACGAACUAAACUAAAGAAUUCUUAUACUGUUCAGUAUGAGGACGCAAGUGGGAAACCCCAAUUUGGGGAAAUUCAGAGGUUUUUAGUUCUUCAAAACCACCAUGUUGCAUUAGUAACAAAGCUAGCCCCAAGUGGAUCCAUAACCUCAGACAUUGAAUCUUCCUCAGAGCUAUUAAAUAGAUUUCGUGACUUGGGUGUUUUAGUCAGUCACAUGACAGUGACUAAAAGGUCAAAGUGCUUAUUUUGUAUCCCACUAUGUAAUAUAAAAAGGAAAUAUAUAGUAGUCAGAAGUUCUAAUAAGUGUGGAGAUGAUGAGCUAACAAUUAGCACAUUUCCAAAUAUAGUGGAGCAUGACUGA